GUCUCUGUCACCACCACACCCUGUGUGUCUGUGUCUACAGUGAACCAGUUAGCACCUGUUUGUCAGGGCCAUUCCCUUUUUAUAUAAAGGCCUUACACUUCCUCUGUGCUCGAGCGAAACACAUGGACAUAAGACACAGCAGAUGACCAUAUUUUUAAUCAUGGAAAAGCACUGGCACAUGGUGUAUCUGUGGAGUAACGUCCUGGUUCUCGGUGUUGCAGCGUUCAACCUGGAUACUCAGAGUGUGCUGCAGAGAAAUGGAGAUCCGGGAAGUCUGUUUGGAUUCUCCGUUGCCCUUCACCAGCAGCUGAAUCCUGUCAGGAAGAACCUACUGCUGGUGGGUGCUCCUCGGUCAAAACACCAGAACCAGGUGAAUGUUACGGGCGUUGUUUACCAGUGUGAUCUGUCUACAAAAACUGAGCGCUGUCAGCCCAUUGAGUUUGACAGUAAAGAGUUCCUCGCUAGUAGAGACAUAAAUGGUCAGUGGAUGGGAAUUAGAGUGACGAGCCAAGGCCCGGGUCGAAAUGUAAUGACCUGUGCUCAUCGCUACCAACAGUGGAGCGAUAGCCCAAGUGAUAGUGUCCCUCACCUGCUGACGGGUCAGUGCUACCUCUUAGGAGAAGACCUGAAGGUCGGAAAGGAAGAGAGGACGUGGAGGAGGGUCGUUUGUGAUGCAGGGCACCUCAACAGACGUCCCAAGAACCAUGAGUGGUUUGCAUACUGUCAGCAGGGUCACGGAGCAGCUUUUGCAAAGGACAACAAAUCCCUGUUGUUUGGGGCAACUGGUGCCUAUAGCUGGAAAGGAACAGUGCGAAUGGAGCUCUUGGACAACCUGGACAUCUUGGGUGAAGAUCCUCGUGAAACUGGAGAUAUAGACCUGUUUGACCGAGAGCUCAUUCCUCUGCAGUCAAACAGCUACCUUGGAUUCUCCAUUGACUCUGGCAUGGCCCUGAUCAGAAAGGGUGAGCUGACAAUUGUAUCGGGAGCACCGAGAGGAGGCUACAGCGGCCAGGUGGCAUUUCUCAAGGCAGAUCCCGUGGCUCGGAGAAAUUUGUCUGUGGAAGUCGUCCUCUCUGGUCCAGGCUUAGCCUCCUCCUUUGGCUAUGAUGUGGCAGUGGUGGAUUUGAAUGGUGACGGCUGGGAGGAUCUUGCAGUGGGAGCGCCGCAGUUCUAUGUUAAAGAUGGUCAGGUUGGAGGAGCGGUCUACGUCUAUAUCAACAAGCAAGGAAGACAGUGGGAGGACGUUGUUCCAACACAGCUUCCUGGACGCAGCGACUCUAUGUUCGGCCUUGCAGUGGAAAACAUCGGAGACACCAAUCGAGACGGUUAUGGAGAUAUUGCCGUUGGAGCUCCAUACGACGGUUCUGGUCGGGUUUAUAUUUACUGUGGCUCAUCUGAUGGUAUCAACAAAAAGCCUGCACAGGUACUAUUGUCAAAAUCCAAACACGUGAAUCUGUUUGGAUAUUCUCUGUCUGGAAACUUGGAUGUGGACGACAAUGAGUAUCCUGAUCUGGCCGUAGGAGCUCUCUCGGAUUCUGUUUUUGUUUUCAGAGCAAGACCAGUGGUCACUGUGCUCAGCACUCUGCGGGUGACACCAAAUAAAAUAGACAUCACAAAGGAACAGUGUGAUAAAAGCACAUGUUAUUUUACAGCCCACGCCUGCUUUACCUACACGGCACAUUCACCGUCGUUCAACCCCAAACUGAUGCUUAACUACACCGUUGUGGGAGACGCUGAGAGGAAAAAAGUGAGACUUCCUGCAAGAGUCAAUCUUCAGAGUUCAUCUCGAGGACAUCUGGAGCUGACACGACAAGGAAGAGAAAUCUGUAUUGACACCAAUCUCCGUCUUGUGCGGGACAUCAAAGACAGGCUGCACAGUGUCCCCGUCACCAUCACUGUGUCUCUGUGGAGCUCCAGUGAGACACGCAGGGCAAGUGCAGAUCUGCCCAGUGUCACUCCUGUCCUCAACCUCUACCAGCAGAGGACCACGGUCUCACAGAUCAUCUUAGUAAAUGAAGGCUGUGGCAGUGACAACAUUUGCCAAAGUAACCUGGCGUUACAGUAUAAGUUCUGUUCCAGAAAAACACACAACGAGCAGAACGUCUUCACUCCAUUAGCCAGUGAGGAUGGUAUGCCUGUCAUCACUCCCUCUCAGGAAGACAUGGCCUUAGAGGUAACUGUGACAAACAGAAACGGGGACGAUGCACACCAGAGUCACUCAGUCAUCAUGCUUCCAGACACUCUACGCUACUCCUCCAUUAUCCACAACGCCCCUGCAGAAACACAAGUGAGUUGUACAGCCAAUGACAAAGGAACAUUAAUAGACUGUGAGCUGGGAAACCCACUCCAAAGAGAUGCUGAGCUGACUUUUUACGUCAUACUCGCGACGUCCAGCAUUUCACUGAGCACGAAAUAUGUCAACGUCACGUUGCAACUGGAAACGACAAGUGAGCAGACAAUUCAGGCAGUUGAAGCAUUGGCCAAAGUGGUUUUUGAGCUGGAACUGCAAGUGUUUGGACAAGCCAGACCAUCCCAGGUGUUACAUAGCGAAAACUCUAAUGGGGAAAGUGCCAUCAACUCGAUGGAUGAAAUUGGAGCCCGGAUUCUGUAUCAAUUUAAGAUCACAAAUCUGGGCAGACCACUGAAAUCUUUCGCCAAUGUGUCACUUAUCAUCAAGUGGCCAAAGAAGAACUCGGUAGGAAAAUGGCUUCUGUACUUGUCUCACAUCACUGGUGAAGGUGUACAGUCCGUCCCCUGCUCACCGGCGAAUGAAGUCAACCCACUUAAACACAUUAAGGGUUGGAACCACUUAUCAAGGAAAAGGCGCGAGGCUGAACACGAGGCCCUCUCUACUGACAAUGUGCUCUCAAAUCUUCUAACAAGGAAAUAUAAAACAUUGACCUGCUCAGAUGGACUGAAUUGUGUGGACAUACAGUGCCCUCUGCCAGAUUUAGACAGUAAUGCAGUGGUGGUCCUGCAUUCCUACCUCUGGAACACCACUUUAACUGAGGAUUACAGCUCUUUGAACUAUCUGGACAUUGUUCUAGAUGCAACUCUUAAAUUAACCCACUCUCCAGAGAACAUUGGACUCAAACGAGAGAAGCCUGGGACAACGGUAAAAUUUACCGUGUUUUUCGAGAAAAAGGUGGAAUUCCUGACCAAAGUUGCCUGGUGGAUAAUCUUGCUGACAGUUGUUGCUUUGCUUCUGUUGCUGGUGGUUUUUGCCUACUUGAUGUGCAAGAAUGAAUACGUUCGCUCUCUUGCACGAAUCAAGAAGUCCUCUCACAAAGGAGCUCCAAACACAGAGACUGUACCUCUGAACAGCUGAAAGGAGAAACUACAGGCACAAUGUCGGUCCAUUAAUCUGUUUGUUUUUUAUGUGGAUUUGGAUAUGGAAUGUAGGAAAAUCAAAGAACAGGUGGUGUUAUAACCUAAACAUAGGUAAUUUUAUAAGCCACCAUGGAAUAUGGAAUUUAAUAAGAUGUCUUACUGUUGUUUUUUUUAACUCAAAUGUAUUGUAAAGGUACUU